AUCCUUAUGUUGCAUAUAUCAAAUCAUAUUUGCACCUAGCUUCAUACUAUUUUUCAUUGCUUUAAAUAAUUUUUUUUCCUAAGUUCACUAAGAAAAUUCAUUGCUAGUGUUGGGAUCAUGGGAGAGCCUUCUUCUUCUUCUUCUUCUUCUUCUGCUUCAUACAUUCAUAUGGUGCAACACUUGAUUGAGAAGUGUUUGAUCUUUCACAUGACAAAGGAAGAAUGCAUGGAAGCUCUUUCUAAGCAUGCAAAUAUUAAGCCUGUCAUAACUUCUACUGUUUGGAAGGAGCUGGAGAAAGAGAACAAAGAAUUUUUUGAGGCUUAUGCAAAAUCAAAGAGUAAAGACGAGCGAAUGUCCGAGGAAGAGACAAACCAGAUGCUACAGAAAAUCAUCUCAGAUUCCUCCAAAGGUUCAACCAACGACUAAAAAUUAAUUAGCCCCUUGAAAACGAUCUAUUCUCAUCUCUAUGUAUGUUUAUAUAUAUGCAACAAGCCAAAAUUACUAGGCUUUUCUAUGAUAUCUUUCUCUCUUUAUAGCUAGCUUUUUUCCAUUGUAAUAUGUCACUAGUUGCAUAACUUUAUAUGUGGUCCCUAUGUAUUGCAUGCAUAUAUAUGGUUGUUAUUAUUGUUGUAAUAUAUAUUUUAAACAA